UUUGGCCACGUUGUGACACGAAAACAUCGCCAAAAUUGCAUCCUCGCCGGUUUCUCCGAAACAAAUUUUCCGAUUUCUCCGAUUCUCUGAUAAAUUUCAAAAGUACUAUGUCUGGCUCCAAUAUCGCAUGUGCAAACACACUUGUUCGAGGUAUGGAGAAGGAAGUUUCCCUACUUCGGGCGGACCUAGAUAGAACACGACAGGGUGUUGGGUUAGAAGAGUCUAGCCCAGAGCUGAAGAAGUUGAUGGAGGAAAAUACCAAGUUGCAACACCGGCUUGCAAUUUUGCAGAGGGCAUGUGCUAACCUGGAACCGUCUAACGACUCGGCCAGCAUGAGCAGUAGCGGUUCGAUUAUUGGAGAUCUUCAGCACGCUUUUGACGGUGCGAUUCGAAAAGCAUACCCCGAUUUAAAUGUACCUUGUGUGAUAGCAAUAUCAUCCAUGGCCAAGUUCGGAGAUUAUCAGUGCAACAGCGCUAUGAAUAUUGUGCAACAAUUAAAACAACAAUCGGCGGCCAAAACAACGCCUCGCGAAGUAGCAGAAAAAAUUGUACGUGCUUUGACCAACCAUGAAGCAUUUAUCGAAAAAAUUGAAGUUGCUCCAAGCGGUUUUAUCAACAUUUUCCUAUCCAAGGUAUAUGUGGAACAGGGCGUCAUGAACCUUCUGAAAAAUGGCAUAAAUCCCCCAACGUUGAAAAAACAGCGGGUUAUUGUUGAUUUUUCUUCGCCCAACAUCGCUAAAGAAAUGCACGUUGGGCACUUACGGUCCACAAUAAUAGGAGAUUCUAUUUGCCGAUUUCUUGAAUUUUUGCGACACGAUGUUUUGCGAAUCAAUCAUAUCGGUGAUUGGGGAACACAGUUUGGUAUGCUUAUCGCGCAUUUGCAAGACAAAUUCCCCCAUUUUCAGACAGAGUCUCCACCUAUCGGCGAUCUACAAUCUUUCUACAAAGAAUCAAAGGUGCGCUUCGACAGCGAUGAAGCGUUCAAGAAGCGAGCAUACGAAUGUGUAGUAAAGUUGCAAAACGGAGAAAGUAGUUACUUGAAAGCGUGGAACCACAUUUGCGACGUUUCACGUAGGGAAUUUCAAAAUAUUUAUGAUCGUUUAGACGUAAAAUUAUGCGAACGAGGCGAAUCUUUCUACCAAAGUCGCAUGGUCGCAAUUGUCGAUGAAUUGAAACAGGGAGGAUUUUUAGAAGAAGACGAUGGACGUCUCAUCAUGUGGGGUGCAGAUCGAAAAGGUAUCCCGCUGACUGUGGUUAAGUCUGAUGGGGGAUUUACUUAUGACACAUCGGAUAUGGCCGCCAUAAAGCAACGAAUAGUCGAGGAAAAAGCUGACUGGUUAAUAUAUGUGACCGACGCAGGACAGGCAACACAUUUUCAAACCAUUUUUGCAUGCGCUAAGCGAGGUAACAUAUUAGACAUGCAAAAGCAUCGUGUCGAUCAUGUUGGAUUCGGUGUGGUGCUGGGGGAAGACGGUAAAAAGUUCAAAACGCGUUCUGGCGAUACUGUGAAGCUUGCUGAUCUGCUUGAUGAAGGGCUAAAGCGUUCCAUGGAUAAAUUAUUGGAGAAAGAACGCCACCUUGUCCUUACCGCCGAAGAGCUUCGAGAUGCGCAGGAAUCUGUUGCUUACGGAUGUAUUAAAUACGCUGACUUGUCGCAUAAUCGUAACAAUGAAUACGUUUUCUCUUUUGAUAAGAUGUUAGAAGAUAAAGGUAAUACUGCUGUAUAUUUGCUGUAUGCGUAUACUCGCAUUAGAUCGAUUGCUAGAAACUGUGGUGGUGACUACGCGACUAAUAUUCAAAAAGUCAUAGAUAGUGCCACCAUGAGAUUGGAGCAUGAAAGAGAGUGGAAACUUGCUAAAGCUUUGUUGCGUUUUGCCGAUGUAAUGUUGCUGAUAACCAAAAAUUUAUCACUGCACUACCUGUGUGAAUUUGUAUAUGAGAUUUGCACAACUUUCAGCGAGUUUUAUGAUAGUUGUUUUUGCAUUAAGAAAAACAAAGAAGGUAAAAUUAUUGAAAUACAUGAGUCUAGAGUACUACUAUGUGAAGCAACAUCUCGAGUCCUAGGAAGAUGUUUCGAUAUAUUGGGCGUCAAACCGGUCGACAAAAUGUAAUACUUUUUCGUUAUGGAAACAAGGAACCAAUAAAAGUAUAGUUGUACUUUACACAGAUGAAAUUCCUGCUUCACGAAUUAUGAAACCCCCAUUUACCCGCUUGAACAGCAUUUUGAAAAGUAUUGAAGAAUAAAGCAUUGUGAAGGUACACUAUAGUGGCUCUCUUGCUAAUAAGUAUCUAGGAAAACUGCACUGCAGGAGAAGCCGUGGGUAUUAGUAGAUGGGCAGACGAAGCAGAGAGAGCUUACCUUAUUCUUAAAAGUUCUUAAAAU